AUGUUCAACAAUCAGCCAGCAGCUGGCAAUCGACGAACAACAAGACGAAGAAUCUCUGAUCAACCAGCCAAUCCCCUCCCCGAAUACUCUGGAAUCACAGCCGGCGCACCAUCCUUCUCGUACGGUUCUCCGAACAACGCACGAUACAACGCGCCGAGACUCAGUGACUAUAACGUUCCAAUCCACGACGUCCUCGACCGCGCAAUUCAGAAGACUGAAGCGCGUCUCAGAGGCGUGGAAGAGGGAGAACUCGUAAACGGGGUUGCGAUGGACCGUAUGAAGUCAUUUCUUGGAGUAGCGGCUGAUGCGAUGUUGGAUCCCCAUUCGCCGGAACAGGACGACGUAAGGAGAGAAGAAGAGGAGGAGGUACACAUACCACGGAGAUCGCCGAGGAAACAUCGGCAGAGUAGUGUACAGCUGCACGAACCUCGGCGAAGACUGCGCAGCGACAAGGAUUCUGAGUCCGUACAUUCCCAAGGACUAGGAGAAGGACCUUCGAAACCGGCACCACGCACUCGCAAAGGCCGCUCGGCCUCCCCCGUGAAACCCCACCCCCGCCUCCAACCCGCAGCCACAGCACCUCGAAAAGGCAAAGAACGCGCUCGGUCAGCUUCAACCGUCCCCGACUCCAACUCCAAUUCCGAAAUUGAACCAGAAGACAGCGCGAGCGCCCGGGUUCGCAUGGUGGAAGCUACGGAAGGCGCCGAGCGAGAAGCGCGCGAACUGGGUAUGAGCCCGGAGGAGACUGCGGUGCAUAUUACAAGGGCUCAGAGGAAGGCCAGGUAUCACGGGAUCCCGCCGAGGGAGACGAGGAAGGAGACGAGGUUCAAUGAUGAUGUGGAGAGUUAUGUGUAUCAACAGCAGAGUAGUGAGGUUGAGCAGGCUGAGGAUGACGAAGACGAAGACGAAGACGAAGAUCACGACGAGGAAGAGGAGGAAGAGGAGGAGGAAGAGGACCUGUAUGCCAGAGACGAGGAGCGACCAGGUGUCUUCAAUUCCAUCAAGAACUUCCUGAUGUUCUGCUGGAUCGUCUCAUGGUCCCUCAUCCGACAACUCCUUGAAGCCAUCGCUCGUCUAAUCGGAUGGGCUCUACGGGGAACCCUCGUGACACCUCUCCGGUUCAUCCGAAGACAAUUGAGGAAUGGGGUGUGGAAGUGGUUAAUGGUCAUCCCUGUCGCGUAUGGGCUAUACCGUAUGCGAUCAUUGCCGGCGCAGUUGGCAAUUGGUUUGACGAAUGAGAUUCCAUUUUCGCUAAGGACGGCGGGGGGUGCGCCAAGUUAUACUGCGCCUACGAUUCCGCCGGAGAAUACGGAUGAGUUGGUGUCGAGGCUGAUGAGUCUUGAGCGGCGAUUGGCGGAUUUCGCAUCCGUUAACGAUGAUCUCGUUAAGAACAAUAAUCAUUUGAAUGAUUUCACGAAAGAAGUCGGCAGCAAGCAAAAAGGCAUGGACGGGUCAAUUGGCAGUCUUGGCGACGAGAUCCAGAAAUUGGUCGCGUCGGCGAAGGAUCUCGGUAAGGAUGCGAAAGACAUGAAGGACCAGGUCCAGGAUAUGCGAGAUACUGUCUCUAGAAUGCAAACAGCAUUAACCAGCUUCGAGGUCCAAUUGGAGCAGAACACUGGCCGAUUCAAGGAUAUCGAUGGCAAGUUCGCUACGAAGGACAAGGAAGUGCGCGAGCUCAGAUCUACUAUCGGUGAUGUUAAGAGUGACCUUCGGGAAUUGCACAAGGAGGUCAAGGCCUACGCCAAUAGCGAAUACAUCUCCAAGCACGCACUCGAGACGAUUGAGAAGUACUUGCCUGCACAUGUUGCUGUUAGGACGAACCCGAAGACUGGGAAAGUCGAUGUUGCGCCGGAGUUUUGGGCGCAGUUGAAGAGUGCGUUCGCGGAGCGGGAGGAUGUUGGGAGGAUUGUGCAGAAGGCUGUUAAUGAGGCGAGAAUUGAGGGAUCUUCGCAGAAGCCGGUGGUAAUUCAGCCUAACUGGGAUGAUUUCUUGAGGGAGAAUAGGGAGGCGAUUGAGGGGAUUGCUAGGCAGCAGGGUAACGAUUUGUGGGAACGUAAGGAGGACGCGGGUGCAGUCAUUUCCCGAUCCGCAUUCUUGGACUUGUUGCGUGAGAGAAUCGGAGACUUGGGUGAGGAUAUCGAGCGUAUACUCAAGGAUCUCAAGUUCUCCUUGGAGAAGUACACGGACGACGAGGUCAAGACUGCCAUUUCUUCCAUCAAGGGUCGUCAGGGUACACCGCAGUCUCUCAACCUGACUGACCUCGCACUCGACUCCAUUAUUGCAUCUGCACUUCAGAGAUAUGCCUCCGAGUCUGUCGGUCGCGCAGAUUAUGCUGCCUACGCUGCCGGUGCACGCGUCAACCCGUUCUUGACCUCGAAAACGUACGUGAUGAAGCCUCGUUCAUUUUUCGGUCGUCUCCUUCCUUUCUCUGGGGUUGAGAGUAAUCCACCUGCGAUUGCGCUGCAUCCUGACAACUCCGUUGGGAUGUGUUGGCCAUUUGCCGGGCAGCAGGGUCAGAUGGGGAUUAGACUUAGUGCGCGAGUGGUACCGACUGAGAUUACGAUCGAGCAUGUUCAGGUUGAGGUAGCUCAGGAUAUUACGUCUGCGCCGAAGGAGAUUGAGGUUUGGGCUUUCGUAGAGGAUGAUGACUUGCGUGAGCAGGUUGGUGCGGCUGCCUUGUCGGUGAUUCCGCGUCAGAAGGGCGAUUUGCCGUCUGUUGGUGUGGAUUUCGUCAAGAUCGCCAAGUUCACGUAUGAUGUUUAUGAAGAGCAAGCCAUCCAGACGUUCCCCAUCGCAGACGUCAUCAAGGAUGCUGCCGUCCCUGUCGAGCAAAUCGUAAUCAGGGUGUUGAGCAACUGGGGUAAUGUGGACUACACGUGUCUGUACCGUGUUAGGAUUCAUGGUGAGACGCAGCCUAAUGCUCGCAGUACGGAAGAGGAUAUGGACAAUGACCGUUUGAUCUAA